UGUAAUUUAUUAUCACUUGAAGGCACCAUGAAGGUACUACUUAUUGUGUGCUUAGUGCUCGUUCCAGCCACCUUCGGCCAAUCGAAGACCGGUUGUGUAACGCUUAAACACCUUAAUUACGGCGGCUACCUGACAUCGUCCUCGAAGAAUGACGACAAAACGCGGCACGUCGCGGCCAAGGAGGACGACCCGGAAAAGUGGGACAUCCAGGACGCUGGCGAUGGCACGUACACCAUUAUGAACAAAGAGUUUGACGAAUACUUGGUCGCUUCUAGCUCAAAGCUGGCCCACAACCAUUACGUGUACCUGUGGAUUCCGGGAAAGACUGGACUUUCGGGACAUAAGUGGAAAAUCACCAAGGAUGGAAAGUACAGCAUUAUUGAAAAUGUCCAACGGCCGAGUUGCCUGAUUCAGGGCUCUGGCACCUGGGUUUAUUCGCAGGUAGUUACUCGGUGUGAUGUAGCGAAAAUUUUCAAAUGGCGCAUCGAGAGCUGUUAAAAAUAAGCUAGGGUAAUAGCAGAAUAAUUGUAUAGAAUUAACAACUGGUGAAGGAUUAAUGAAUAUUUGGGAGCAUUAGAGAGA